AUGGAGGUAGAGCGAGUAAGGAGAGUUUACUCAAUUGAUGAGCCAUCUUUAGCACAAAUCAAAGAAUCUCUGGAUUCUUUUCGUUCCGCUCUUGAGGAAUGGAACCAAUUUGGGAUUUACCAAAUUGACGAUGACACCCUAUCUAAACUAGAACAACAAGUAGAUUUUGUGGAUAUCCGAACUUCAAAAAACGAGUAUCCUAACCUUGAUAGCUUUACCCAAAAUUACGAUGCUACUGUUGGAUCAAGCCAGGGCAGAGCAAAGUUUAGACUAAACCAAGCUUUCACGGAAAAUCGUAGAUUGGCCACUGACCUUAACGGAAAAAUAGACAUAAUGUACAGUGAGCUAAUAAGGAAGUUCGACGCUUUAAGUGAACACAUUAAGAGACUGGACGGUCAAGUCGCAGAAAACGCAACAGCCAUCAAAAGAGAGGCAGGACGUCUCCCUGGGCGGACUGACGUGAACCCAAAACGUCAAAUUAAUGCCGUGUCACGCCCGAUAAUCCUCGAUGAUUCCAAUACCGAGUCAGAAACCCCUCGAGAGAAGGAGCUUCCCAACACUGAGGAAACAGCCAUCAACCUCGAGGAGGAGGAAGAAGAGUUGGAGGAAGAUGUGGAAAUCGAUCGACAAGAGAGAACAAACGUCGAUCGACAUUCUAUGGGAAAUAUCGGUCGACAUUCUGGAAACAAUAUCGAUCGACGAUCGACUCCUGCUGAACCAGCUGUGGAAAGAGUAUAUAGGCCCCUACCACCCUUCCCUCCUAACAAGACGCAGACUAAGCGCGAAUUGGAUAAAGCUAUAUGCAAGAAAGCAUUCGAUAAGAUCAUGUUGGAAAUGCCAUUGAGUGAUGCCGUAAAGGUAUCGCCUUCAAUAAAAAAAUAUGUGAAAAAAAUAGUAUCCAACAGCUUUCCAGCCGCAGAGCGUAGCGUCAUGAUGGUUUCAGAGGAAGUUAGUGCAAUAAUCCAAGGAGGAACUCCAAUCAAGAGGCCCGAUCCGGGUAGUUUCGUUUUGGUUUGCAACAUACGAAAUAAAAAUUUUCCUCGAUCCCUUUGUAACCUAGGUUCCAGCGUAGACCUCAUACCGCACUCUGUCGCGAUAUCCCUAGGAUACGACAAGUUCAAACCUACCAAAAUAACUCUGGUUCUGGCCAAUAUAUCCGUUAGAUUACCUGAGGGAGUGAUCGACGACAUGCCAAUAAGGAUCAAUGAUUGCAACGUCCCAACGGAUUUCGUGGUACUGAAAUACCGGAAUGAACCAAAAGAUCCCUUAAUUUUGGGUAGACCAUUUCUAGGUAGAGCAGGUGCGAUAAUCGAUGUCAAGGAAGGUAGAAUAUGUCUGAACAUUGGGAAUAUUCCGAUGACCUUCGACAUGGAUAAGAUGAUAACUCGACCCUUAGUCGAUAAACAGACUUCCUAUGUGGAUGAUAUCGGUGAACUGACUGAAGAGUCUUUCGAAAACCUGCACUCAGAUGAUCCUCUAGAGAAAGUACUCACAUCUAGUGAAGAAGAAACAUUCAGUGUCACUAGUAGAGCUGAGAAUACACGCGAUUAA